GAUUCAAGUUCCAGAGAGAAGAAACGAUAAAGGCAAAUGGGUGGCUCAGAGGAUGGAGGAGCAACCGAUAACCAAAAUAAGCCCACAGAGACAAGCCUCUCACCAGAUUCCAUAAUCAAUCUAGAUCACGGCGAUCCAACGUUGUUCGAGCCAUACUGGAAGAAGAUGGGAGACAAGUGUACGUUGGUGAUUGGAGGGUGUGAUUUGAUGAGUUAUUUCAGUGAUAGUAGCAACAUUUGCUGGUUUUUGCAGCCGCAACUUGGCGAUGCCAUAAAGGGACUGCAUCGAGUUGUUGGAAAUGCAGUCACCGACGGUCGCCACAUCGUGGUUGGGACCGGUUCAACACAGCUCUUAAUGGCUGCUCUAUAUGCUCUCUCUACUCCUUCCGCUAGUCACCCCGUCAGUCUCGUGGCUGCUGCUCCUUAUUACUCGGGAUAUAAGGAUCAGGCAGAAUUCCUGCGUUCAGGGCUCUAUAAAUGGGAAGGAGAUGCACAUACCUUUGAUAAGGAUGGACCUUAUAUUGAGGUCGUAACCUCGCCAAAUAACCCUGAUGGUACUAUCCGAGAAGCUGUGGUGAACCUUGGGGAAGGGAAGCUUGUGUAUGACCUGGCCUACUACUGGCCACAAUACACGCCCAUUACUCACCCUUCGGAUCAUGAUAUCAUGUUGUUCACAUUUUCCAAAUGCACUGGACAUGCUGGCUCCCGGAUAGGCUGGGCACUUGUCAAGGAUAAAGAGGUAGCUAGAAAGAUGACCGAAUACAUGCAGAUCAGCUCCAUUGGUGUAUCCAAAGAAUCCCAGCUUCGAGCUGCGAAGAUUCUUGGAGUACUCACCGAAGGGUGUCAACACUUUAGUACUGCUGAUGCAGAGAACUUCUUUGAGUAUAGCCAUAGAAUUAUGAGAGAAAGAUGGGAGAGUCUGCAAAAUGUUGUCGAAAACAGUAAAAUCUUCAGUCUGCCAAAGUUCCCACAAGAUUACUGCAACUUCACCGGGAAGUACACAGAUCCAAAUCCUGGUACUGCUCGUAAUACGAUGAUUAUUAUUAUUAUUAUUAGUUUUGAAAUAGGACAACCUAACUUUGUUGAGGAUAUAGACUGGGAGAGUCUUUUGCGAGAACAUAAGAUAAUAGGAAGAAGCGGGGAGCGGUUUGGGGCUGAUCCAAAAUAUGUCAGAAUCAGUAUGCUUAGUCCACCAGAAGCGUUUAACCUUUUCUUGGAGAGGUUAUCAGCAAUCAUCGACAGCACCAAUGGAAAU